AUGCAGACACCAAUUAAAAAUAAGCCUACUGAAGCACCUACUCCUGUCACUAUGAACAUUGAAAAACAGGAACCCUUAGUAGAACUCACUGAUGAUAACUCCCCAUCCAUUCUUUUAACAGAAGAAAAUUCAAAUCAACAGGGGACAAUGCAAGAAAGCAGGACACUUAUGCUUAACAUGCAAGUGAAAACACAAGAAAAAAUCAAGUUAAAUCAAAAACCAAAAGAAGUCACUGAAAAAACCAUUGAAGAGGGAAAAAAGAAGGAAAAUCAGGAAAAAACAGUUACAAAUAAGGAAUCAAACAAACCAGACGCAAAUCCUGAGAAAACUACAACUCCAGCUACUAAAGUGAUCCCUACUAAUGACAAUAUUAAGACAAUACCAACUUUAAACAACCGAUCGAGUGCUACAAGAACAUCACAAGGGCCUAAGUGGCCUCAGAACAAUUACCAAAAUGUACAACAGAUUCAAGAUACCAUUCAAAAUGAACCAAAUAUCCAACAAUCUAGCGGUAUGAGAGAACCACAAGGAUCAAUGGUACCUCAACAUCAAUACCAAAACAUUUACCAAUUCCAAGAUGCUGUUCUAAAUGAUCCGAACAUUCAAAUGGGAAACAUUCCACCUCCAAAAGGUAUACCUUUGACGUUCUUGAAGAGACAACAAAGGUUUGGAGCUAUUGAACCACAACAGGAUUACGAUUCGCCAAUGGCUCAAUCUUCAUUUUACGCCAUACCAGAUCAGUCAACAUUUGCCCAGCAGCCUAUAACUGAUAAUUUUGAAGGUCCUCAAUUUGGCACCAAUACGCCAAUGUUCGUUCAAACUGAAAUGCAGGAGACGAUGCAUUCCCAGGUUUACUCACCGUCAGAUCUUUUUACGGAAGGAGGGCGGGAUGAAUCUAACAAAGUUGAUGAAGAUAUUCGCGAAGGUUCGGCAUCCCCCGAUAAUUGUCAGCCAGGAGAGAAGCGUCUCAGCGCAUUCAAACGUCUUGGGCCGCUUACUCAGCCGAAGAAACCAAAGUUGACAAUCAACCUGAGUUUCGAUAAGGAACAACCCAUUCGGGAAGUUGUUGGCGAUAACGAGAACGACCUCAUUCCUGAAAUCUUCGUCCCAGUUCACAAACGCCAAGACAUUCUUACCAGUACCGAUGAAGUUGUGGUGAAAUAUUUGCCCAAUUGGCCAUGGAAGAACAAUGUAGUUAUUAGAAGAGGCGUCACAGCGAGGUCUUCUAAGAGCGCAAUGUUAAUGGAGCAAGAACAAAUGGAGGAGGUGUAUGAGAAAGACAAUUUAUACGUACAAGUGUCGGUGAAGGGUUAUCCAAAUACAUGGAGGAAAGAACACGUUCUGGACGCUUUACUCGAAGCCGUCAAAGGCAAGAGUUUUAUACCUUGCUUUAUUGAGUUCACACCCCACGAAUGCAAAUUCCUGGUGAUCAGAUGUCGACCAGCCCUCGUCGCUAUACACAAGCUAGGUUUCUGUGUACGCAAAGAUGACUUCGUUUUGACCAUAACCAUAUCUAAAAUAGACUUGACGUUGAAACUCAUUGAAUUCCUGCCAAAACUGAUUCUGCGGAAGCGGUUAUCCAUGGGCUACGAUAGCGAAAGGAAACUGAGUUUGAAAGAAUUUACACUACAAUGGGAUGUAAGUCACUUCAUAUACUUCCCGCUGAACCGGUUGAACAACCAAGCGGAUAUUGUGGGCCUGCAGAGUGCCGUGGAAUGGAAGUAUUUGACCGAUCUCGACCUGUCUAAUAAUAGACUGACUUCCUUGGAUGGUUUUGAUCUGCAACGUACAACACCGAAGCUACAAAAUUUAGAUAUUUCGAAUAAUUACUUCGAAAAAAUCACACCUAUACUACAAUGCCGGGAACUUCCCCUAAAAGUACUAAAGCUAGAGGGGAACCCCCUUUGCACCGACUAUACGGACCCGCAGUAUUAUGUUAGAGUUUUGAAAAUGAUAUUUCCAAUGUUGAGAGAAAUCGAUGGGAUGCCACUAGUGUUGAAAGGUGAACUGCCUUUAGUGAACAAGAACUUCUGUCCAGGUUAUGCGAAUGAUUUCGUAGAGAAGUUUCUAGGGAUUUACUUCCCUAUUAUAGAUAGUCCGCCGGACGAUAGGGCAGUAAUAGAGGAAAUGUACGCAGAGGAUGCACUUUUGACUAUCACAUACAGACAAAAAUUAUGUCUCACCUCGAUAUAUCGUCUGUUCCGGAACUUAUUCCUGCACAGUCGAAACAUGUCAAAAAAUAUAAAGGACUUUGUGAGAACGCCGAAAAAUAUAACGAAGCUGUUGAAGAAAUGGCCGAGUUUGGAGCACGAUCCGACAACCUUCACCGUUGACGUCAUGUGGCAUACAGAAACCUCGACAGUUCUACGAAUAAGUGGUAUAGUCAAAAUAACUUCAGAUAGCCUAGCAGUGGAUGAACACAUGCUGGCCUUCACUAGAACCAUCCUGCUCCAUACGGAUGAUGGUGUCGAGUACAAGAUACGAAACGAGAUGUUGUAUUGGGACCAACCCACCGAGGAAUACUCUAAAAACGCUUUUAGAAUCAACGUGGUAAGUUUUUAUUUUAUUUUAUAUUUUCUACAUCAAACUGUGGACAUUGGCGGUGUUGGUCCAUUUAUCUAUAAUCAAGAUAUGGAGGUGAGUCCUAUCUUAUCAACGUAA